AUGAGCGAGGCGGAGGCGGCAGCGGUGGCGACAGCGGCCCCCGCGGCGACAGUGCCCGCGACGGCAGCAGGGGUGGUAGCGGUGGUGGUACCGGUGCCCGCGGGGGAGCCGCAGAAAGCAGGCGGCGGGGCGGGCGGAGGCGGGGGCGGAGCCGCCUCGGGCCCCGCUACUGGGACCCCCUCGGCGCCAGGCCCUCGCACCCCUGGCAACCCGGAGGCAGCCUCGGGGACCCCCGCGCCCCCGGCCCGGAGUCAGGCGGACAAGCCGGUGCUGGCAAUUCAGGUCCUGGGCACUGUCAAAUGGUUCAACGUCCGGAAUGGUUACGGAUUCAUCAACAGGAAUGACACCAAGGAGGAUGUCUUUGUUCACCAGACAGCUAUUAAAAGAAACAACCCCAGGAAGUUUCUGCGCAGCGUUGGAGAUGGGGAGACUGUGGAGUUCGAUGUCGUGGAAGGAGAGAAGGGCGCAGAAGCUGCUAAUGUAACUAGGCCCGGGGGAGUGCCGGUGAAGGGCAGCCGCUAUGCCCCCAAUCGACGCAGGUUCCGCCGCUUCAUCCCCCGGCCUCGCCCAGCUGCCCCGCCACCCAUGGUGGCAGAGGUGCCCUCCGGCGGGACAGAGCCCGGCAGUGAAGGAGAGCGGGCCGAAGACUCCGGGCAGCGGCCCAGGCAGCGGCGCCCACCACCCUUCUUCUACCGCAGGCGGUUUGUGCGAGGCCCGCGGCCCCCCAACCAGCAGCAGCCGAUAGAGGGCACUGAUGGGGUGGAGCCCAAAGACACAGCCCCAUUGGAGGGGGACCAACAACAGGGAGACGAGCGGGUGCCCCCACCCAGAUUCCGGCCCAGAUAUCGCAGGCCCUUCCGCCCGAGGCCACCCCAGCAGCCUACCACAGAAGGUGGGGAUGGUGAGACCAAGCCCAGCCAAGGCCCCACUGAUGGCUCCUGGCCUGAGCCCCAGCGCCCACGAAACCGCCCCUACUUCCAGCGGCGAUGGCAGCAGCCCCCUGGCCCCCGGCAGCCCACAGCCCCAGAGACCUCAGCCCCCAUCAACAGUGGGGAUCCCCCCCCCACCAUGCUGGAGUGAUUCCAACUCAGGACACCCAGCCACCAUCUGGUAUCUGCCAGUUUUUCCAACUGACUUGUACCCUACCCAGUACCCCUCCCCCCUUUCCCAUAAUUCAUGACAU